CAGACCUUCUGUCAGCUCCACUUCUGCCCUUCAAACAUAUUCUGGUGCUGGGUUUAGGAGCUGAAGACAUAAACCAAACCAUGUCUUAACAUAUGACUAUCACAAUUAUGUCCACACAGGACUAAUAUCCUUCAUAAAAACAAAAAACAGUUCUAAUGUCAUCAUAUAAACCUAUGGUUGACAGAAGAGUCCAGUUAAUCUGUGUUUACAGUGGAAAUUAUUUGACCAAAUUAUAUCAGAAUCUUGACUAAAUGUUGAUUAAAUGAUUUUAUAGUACUGUCUGACUCUUAUGUCUCUUUGGGCAGAUUAAUACAUGAAUGGAGAAGACUAAUACAUGAAACAGUAUCAUCUGGACUGUAAAGUUUGAUGCCCUUAAAUCCAGCUGGUCCACACAUCUGUAUCAGGCAUCAUCAUGGCAGCACAGAACACAAAUGUCUCAUCAAAGUAUCAGGACAUCAUCUCCAGAAGUAUUCUGAUCCAUUCAGGAUCUCCUUCUGUCUACCAGCUGAAAACAAAGAAAGAGAAGAUUGGAUCUCUGACUAGAAUGACUGUUGGAGAAAGAAACAUGAACAAGACCAAUAAAACCAUCUUACUGGUUGGAGAAUCAGGAGCAGGAAAAUCUACUCUGAUCAACUCUCUGGUCAACUACACCAUGGGAGUGAAGUUUGAGGAUGAAGUCUGGUUUCAGAUCAUAGACGAGGAGGAAAGAAGUCAAUCAGAAAGUCAGACAUCAGAUGUGAUCGUAUACCAGAUCUUUGGUUUUGAAGAUAAAACUCUGCCCUACUCUCUGACCAUCAUCGAUACUCCUGGAUAUGGAAACACUGGAGGGAUUGAAUGUGAUGUCAUCAUCAGUCGAAGAUUAUUUGACUUGUUUAGAUCAGAGGAUGGAGUUCAUGAAGUUAAUGCAGUGGGUCUGGUGAUGAAGUCAGGAGGAGGGAGACUCAGUGAUCGACUGAUGUACGUCUUUGAUUCAGUGGUUUCUCUGUUUGGAAAAAACCUGGAGAAAAACAUUGUAGCUCUCAUCACACACUAAGAUGGAAGAAAACCUAGAAAUCCCUUUGAAGCUCUUGAAGCAGCAAAAAUUAAAUGUGCCAAAAAUGAGAAGAAUCAACCUGUUCACUUCCUGUUUGACAACUGUCAGGAUGAAGACAGAACAGAGGAAGAAAAAGAAGACCUGGAACAUGCUGAUCAAUUAUCAAUGAGAGGAAUGAGAGAGUUCACAUCUUUUCUGGAAAAAAGUGAACCUCAGAAACUGGAGCGAACUGUGGCUGUUCUGAAUGAACGUGUCAGACUGACAGCCUGCAUCCAAAACCUGGAAGAGAGAAUCAAACUGACUGAACUGAAACAGAAUGAGAUCAAACAGAUUCAAGAAGCUCUGAAGAAACGUGAAGAAGAGAUGAAGAAUAAAAAGUUCACUGUAGAAGUUGAUGAGGUCUACAAAGAAAAAGAAGAAAUUGAUGGUGGGAUGAGUUGGUUGGUGUUUUAUAAAGGAGCUGUCUGUUGUAUUGUCUGUGAGGAGAACUGUCACUUUCCAUGCACACUGGCCUGGAAACCUGAACAAUGUGAGGUGAUGAAGGAUGGUCAAUGUACUGUUUGUACCAACAAGUGUCCUGCAUCAGCUCAUGUGAAAGAAAACUGGAAAUAUGUGACCAAGACGAGGAGAGUUCAGAAAACUGUAGCAGAGAUUAAAGAGAUAUAUGAGAAGAAUAAAUCAGAAAGUGAAAAGAAGUUGAGGCUUUUGGAAAAUCUUGAGAAAGAAAUGAACCAUCUGAUAUCACAGAAGUCCCAGUUCCUGGAUGAGGCCUACCAACAUGUUGUCACCCUGGAGCAGAUCGCCCUGAAUGUUAAUUCAGUGUCCACUCAUGUCCACUUGGACUUCCUGAUUGAUAAGAUGAAGGAGAGAGGAGACAGAGAGAAGGUCCAGAAACUGGAGGAGAUGAAACACAGAAUGGAUGGAGGAACCAGAGCAGCACUGAGAUACAUGAACCCUAACAUCUCAUCAAAGUAUGAAGACAUCAUCUCCAGAAGUAUUCAGAUCUCCUCAGGAUCUCCUUCUGUCUACCAGCUGAAAACAAAGAAAGAGAAGAUUGGAACUCUGACUAGAAUGACUGUUGGAGAAAGAAACAUGAACAAGACCAAUAGAACCAUCUUGCUGGUUGGAGAAUCAGGAUCAGGAAAAUCUACUCUGGUCAACUCUCUGGUCAACUACACCAUGGGAGUGAAGUUUGAGGAUGAAGUCUGGUUUCAGAUUGUAGAGGAGGAGGAAAGAAGUCAAUCAGAAAGUCAGACAUCAGAUGUGAUCGUGUACCAGAUCUUUGGUUUUGAAGGUGAAACUCUGCCCUACUCUCUUACCAUCAUCGAUACUCCUGGAUAUGGAGACACCAGAGGGAUCAAGAAAGAUCUCAUCAUCAGUCAAAGAUUAUUUGACUUGUUUAGAUCAGUGGAUGGAGUUCAUGAAGUUGAUGCAGUGGGUCUGGUGGUGAAGGCCAGUGAUAAUCGACUCAGUGAUCGACUGAUGUACGUCUUUAAUUCAGUGAUUUCUCUGUUUGGAAAAGACCUGGAGAAAAACAUCGUAGCUCUCAUCACACACUCAGAUGGAAGUAGACCUGUAAAUGCUCUUCAAGCUCUUGAAGCUGCAAAAAUUAAAUGUGCAAAAAAUGAGAAGAAUCAACCUGUUUACUUCCUGUUUGACAACCAACAGAACAGACAGAGGAACAAUGACACAGAAAGUAAAGCUGUCCUGAAACAUUCAUGGGACAUUUCCAAAGAUGGAAUGUUUCACUUCACUUCCUUCUUGGAAAGAUCUGCUCCUCAGAAAGUGGAAAAAACUAUGGAUGUUCUGAAUGGACGUAUCAGACUGACAGCCUGCAUCCAAAACCUGGAAGAGAGAAUCAAACUGACUGAACUGAAACAGAAUGAGAUCAAACAGACUCAAGAAGCUCUGAAGAAACAUAAAGAAGCUCUGAAGAAAAAUAAAAAGUUCACUGUAGAGGUUGAUGAGCCCUACAAAGAUAAAGAACCUAUCGAUGGUGGGAUGAGGGGGUUGGUGUUUUAUGAAGGAGCUGUCUGUUGUACUGUCUGUGAGGAGAACUGUCACUAUCCUGGAUGCACAAUGGUCUGGAAACCUGAACAAUGUGAGGUCAUGAAGGAUGGUCACUGUACUGUUUGUUCCAACAAGUGUCCUGUAACAGAUCAUGUGAAGGAAAAGUGGAAAUAUGUGACCAAGACGAGGAAAGUUCAGAAAACUGAAGAAGAAAUAAAACAGAAGUUUGUGAAGAAUAAAUCAGUAAGUGAGAAGAAGUUGAAAGUUUUGGAAAAUCUUGAUAAAGAAAUGAACCAACUGACAUCAGAGACGUCCCAGCUCCUGGAUGAGGCCUACCAACAUGUUGUCAACCAGGAGCAGAUCGCCCUGAAUGUUGAUUCAGUGUCCACUCAUGUCCACUUGGACUUCCUGAUUGACAAGAUGAAGGAGAGAGGAGACAGAGAGAAGGUCCAGAAACUGGAGGAGAUGAAAAACAGAAUGGAUGAAGGAACCAGAGUUGGGAUAAAGUAUAUGUGGAGUAAACUGAUGGGAUCUGAGAAGAAAAAGUAAAAUAAUGAUUGAUGUAGAUGAUCAUCAUGUGUGUGAUCUUUUAGCUGAUCUGAUCUUUAAACAUGAAUCAGUUGUUUGGUUGUGAUUGUGUUCAGUGUAAUAUCCAGAGGUGAUAUUUCCAAUCAGAAACAUGGUGGAGGAAGUAUUCAGAUCAUUGACUUCAGUCAAAGUACCAACACCAACAUAUUAGUAGUGUUGUCAGUUGUCAGUAAAAUGUAGUUCAUGUAUCAGCAGUAAAAGUAUUCCAUGAGGAAAAUGUUGUAUCAGUGUGAUAUGAUUGUGUCUCCUAUUCCUGGCUUGUUGUUGUCAUUCUAAUCAGUUUGUACAGAGGAUGUUACUCACACUGAACUCAGACACAGUGGAGAAAUCUUCUGCUGAGCUGGAGCUCCAUCCAACUUUCACACUUGAGUGUUUUUGAAGAGAACAGUCCUGAAAUCUAAUGUUCUUUGAUUUGAUUCAUACCUUGGAUUCUUCAUGUGUUUAUGCUGGAAUGACUAGUUGGAAUAUUUCACAUGACUCAGUGGAAACAUUUGGAUCAUUUUAUGUUGUUGUGACUUUUUUAAUUCACUAUAUUCUGUUCUUCUUGUUCAAUCGUCUCCAGGUUGAAGCAGUUUUCUGUGAAUCUUGAAUAAAAUCUCUGCUUCAUUUAAAAAAAUAAAAUAAAUAAAUCUC